AUGUAUAUUAAAGAAUGGUCAGUUUUUGCAAUUCGUAAUCUGUGUGAAGAGAAUGAAGAAAAUCAAGGAGUCAUUGAACAACUUCGAAUGCAAGGUGUUGCCAACAACGAUGAGCUCGACAAACUUGGUAUAAAAAUUGAUGUGGCCGAGGGCGGUGCACUGAAAUUCUCAACAACAAAGAAACAGCAAGAUGCUGAUGGUGACGAUUUUAUUCCGAUCAUUUGCUGA